AUGUCUGAUUCAAUUUUGUCAAUGAACGUUAAUCCAAGUAAGCAUUGCAAAAUUUUUAUUAAUGAUGAAAACUCUCAGCAAAAUAUUGCCAACAUAUGUAAGAUUUAUGAUGUAAAUGAUUUUAACUCUGAAAUGAAAAUAAUUAAAAAUCAAUUUAAUCAAAAUUUAUUCAAUAUCCUACAUAUAAACGUAAGAAGUUUGUUGAAAUCUGAUGACAUUUAUGAUUUCUUGCGAGAAUUGAAUUUUGAGAUUGAUGUUCUCGCAAUUUCUGAAAGUUGGCUCAAUGACAGCAACGAAAAUUUGAUUAACAUUAACGGAUAUGUCUUUAAAGGUAAGCACCGAAGAAUAAAACACGGUGGAGGAGUCGGCUUUUACAUAAAAAACAAUUUAGAUUACAAAAUCCGAGACGACAUAACAAGUAUAAAAAAUGAAUUCGAAUUUCUCGUUCUAGAAAUAAUAAACAGACCUAUCACAAAAAUUGUUUUAAUCAUUGUGACAUACCGACCACCAACUUAUGAUGUCAAUUCGUUCAUCGAAUGUUUAGAUGAUAUUUUGCUGGUUGCAAAUCAUGAAAACAAAUUAAUAAUAGUUGCAGGUGAUUUCAACAUUGACCUGUCAGAAAGUAACAACAACAACAAUAAGUUCAAUUUUUUGCAACUUAUGAACAGCUACAGUUUACAACAAACAAUAACAAUUUCGACAAGAGUAGAAUGCAAUCGACAAUCUAUUAUUGACAUCUUCACAAACAUUCCUGAAAACAUCUUGGUUUCCGGCGUUAUUUCUCACUGUCUUUCCGACCACCAGCCAGUUUUUUCAUCAAUCAAUCUUUCAAAAAAAAUGUUUAUGUUUCCUGAAAAAAGAAAUGCUCCAUCAGUAAAAUUUUCUUAUUCAACAAACAGAAUCAACAAUCUAAAUCAACGUCUCAGUCAGGUGAACUGGCAAGUCGUAUAUGAGAGCGCAAAUAUUGAAAAGGCAUUCAAACUUUUAUAA